UUAGGUUUACGUCUCUCUCUCUCUCUCUCUCGCGUGCGCUCGCUUUGCUCUCUCGGUUUUAAUACGCUUUAAUUUAACCUCAACAAGAGCGUAAACGACACAAGAGCCUAUCCAUGUUGAUGCCGCGUUACUCGGAUCAGCGGGUCAAGAGUGAAAGCAGCUAUAUUGGCAACCACAGCCAGGACUCUGCCACGCCCAGCACCACAGUUGCCCCGCAUACCAAAAUGCGUUUACUAAACAAGGUGGAACAGAAUCUGCGCCAGCAUCAAAAUCAAAGCCAAGUGCAAGAUCAAAGCAUACAUAAGAUUAUAAACACAGCAGCAACGGGCAAUAGCGUUGUGGGCGAUGUGGAUGAGCUGCUGACGCCCAUGUCAUCGAGUAUCCAGAGUCAUCAGCCAUAUAUACCCUCGCUUGAUGGCGGCUACGCUGGCAGCAGCAACAGUGGGUUCAAUAGCAGCGGCAGCAGCAACAGUGGCGGCAAGGAGGCGCAUGCGCGACCAGAGCGUAAUCUUUGGAGUCGCGCCGAAAUGCUGGAAAUGUUAGACAUUAUGCAGCAGAUGAAUGCGCUGGACCAGCUUAAUGAUCGCAAUGUUAAGAGCGAACAUGUUUUCCGUCAGAUUGAGGAGGUCAUGCGUCGCAAGGGUUAUGUCAAGAAGUCCAGCAUUCAGAUUUGGACCAAGUGGAAGUUCCUUAAGUCUACCUAUAACACCACCACAAGGCAUGGCAAUGGCAUACCAAAGGUGGUGCCGGAGGAGGUUUAUCGCGUCCUUUGCCGCAUGUUGCGUGAACAUGCGAAUGCCAAUACAAAUGCCAGUGCUAAUGGCAGCAACAUUGGCAGCGAAAAUGGCAACUCCAUGGACUCCAGCUCCAAUGUGGAUUUAAGAAGAAGCAUGGCUGGCGGCGUAGAUAUCAAACCUGGCAGUGCAGAGCUGGGCGUUGAGCAUCCCAUAUUUGGCUUUCGCUUGGGUUUGGUCAAGUCGGAGCCACAGGACACAGGCUACGAGACGCAGAUGCGGUCAACGCAUGAUAUAGAAGCUGUGGAUUUUAUGGACCAACAGCCGCAUGAACCUUUUAUAAUCAACGUAAAGCACGAGCCCGAAAUGGAUUUAGGCGUAGAUGCGAAUUGCACCAAUACGCUGCCGCCCACAGCACCAGCAACGCCCUCACCGCCCACAGUUGCAAUGGAGUCUGAAGAGCCUCCUCCAUUAUGCAGCUCCACGCCUUUGCCGUUGCCGCCGCUACGCGUAGCUUCGUUUGCACAACGACCGCUGGGCACACCAACGCAUGGCAUACUACAGAUUGAGAGACCGCCACCGCCACUUAGCAAAGGCAAAGGCCAGCGCUCUGUUAUGGGCAUUAGCAGCAUCAACAGCAUUAACUUUGCGCAUCCCACCAGCAAGUUAAUGCUGCCGCGCAAGCAGAUGCCACUGCGCAUGCCAAGAGCAGAGCUGAGCAUGCAGGCGUCGACGCAUGUGCGGCCACUAAAGUCGGUGCCCAUGCGAGAGACGGGCUAUUCGCUACGACCGGAUCGCAUGAUACCCGAUUUGGAUCAUCAGUCGAUAUCGCCGCCACCAUCGCCUCCGCUGCACGCUGCCAAGUAUCAGCUUCCCUCCACUAGUAGGCAGGCGCAGAUGCUAAGUGAACAGCAGCGCAAGCGACGCCUUAACCAAGUACAUUCCCACUCACCCGUGCCUGUCAAGCUGCAGCGUAGUUCUACGCUCCUUGAACCAAAAUAUCCGAUCAGUGCAAAGUUGCGUGACGAGCCAGCGCAGCAACAACAACCUAAACCAUCCAAUGAGGAGGAAGCCCAGCGGCAGCAACAGCAGCGCAAGCAGCAGCAGGAGGAGCACUUCAAAACGGAGCUAUCAAAUCUGGCCACGGCCAUGCGUGAAGCACAACAACAAAUGUUGCGUGAUUUCUUCAAACAGCAGAAAGAUUUUGCUCGUCGUGAGCACGAGUUCCAGAUGCGGCAAGACAACUUGGUAAUGAAUUCGCUGCGCCGCCAAACAAACGAACUGCUGCGCACAGCCAAACAGUUAUUGAACCCGCAGCAGCUGCGAAACCCCAAGCAGGAGUCAGCGACAGAGCAGGAGCCCACGGCAGACGACAACGAUGAUAGUUAUUUGAUGAAGCCAGAAGUUGAGAUGCACGAGAGCGCCGAUGCUUUGGAGGAUUUGACAGAUAUGGCGGCCGAAUCGCAGCUAGACGAAAACUCACAGUACAGCGAGGACAGCGAACAGGAGAGUGAACCGGAGACAAGUGUAACACCUAUCAGCGCAGAUAUUUGUGAGGAUCAGCCGGACAUCGACGCACAGAUGUCUUUGUAAAUUAUUUAUUAUCAAUCAAGUAUUAUGCAACAAGUUAAAACAUUGUUAUUCCAAACAGCAUUCCAGCAAACACACACACACACACACAAACAUUCCUUAAACAAAAAAGACAAUUCAACAAAAACAAACGUGUUAU